UGAAGUGUGGCAGACCGGCAAUCUAUUAAGAUUCCAAGGCCAAAAAAAGAAGAAGAAGAAGAAGAAGCAGACCAGAGUUUUUCAUCGUUAUAUUUUGUUUACACUGUAAAAGAACGUAAAAAGAAGGAGUUCGUUCAAAAUGCCGCCCAAAAAGCAAAAGAGCUACAUCAUUUUAGUAGCGAAUGUUGGUUGCUCUAGCUCAGAAAAAAUUCCUGGAGACAAUGAGAGCUUUUUAGAUAAAGCUAAAUUUACUAUGAAAAUGUUGAUACAAAAAAAGAUCUUUUUAGAGCCAAAUGAUGAAUUCGGUAUUAUAACAAUGGGUGAGGAUGUUACUGAAAACCCUGAUCAACUGCCAAAUAUUAAAUUGUACCAAGAAAAUUCCCGUGUUCCUGAUUGGGAAAUGGUAAAUUACAUUAAUAACUUACAAAGUAAACCAUAUGAUUGUAAUUGGAUUGAAGCUUUAUUUGUCAGUUUAGGAUUCAUACAAAAAAAUAUAAGUGAUCCUGAUGCUAAAUGUAUUCUAAUUAUCUUUAACAAUUUCAAAGAGAAAGAUGAAUCAAUCGAACCAUAUGAUAUUGAGGCUAUAGAAAGUCAACUACUUGAAUUUGAACAACUGCAUGUCAUAUUGGUAGGAGACAAUCCACUAAAUGAUAAUGUCAACUAUGAUGACUUAAAAUCAGCCAGUGAGAAAAUGGCAAAAACAAUGACAAUGCAGUGUGCAGCUGUACAAUAUGAAGAGAUAAAUGAUAUGAAAGAGGGUCGACAGUUUUUUACACCUCCACAAAGUCAUCCAGCGACUUAUAAGUUCCCAUUAGAAUGGGAUGAGAUCGUAAUCAGUUGUGCAUCAUACAUAAAGAUAACUGAAUCCAAAAAAUUAGAAACUUGGAAAAUGCAUGCAUUGGUAGAAAAUAUUGCAGAAGAGCCGAAAAAAGAAUAUCUUCAUAAAGAAGUCACAAUAUCAGAUAAAUCUAGAAACCAGGUGGAAUCUGUUGAAUUGACUAAGGCAUACAAAUUUGGUCAAAAAUAUAUACCAGUUUCAGAUGAAGAUGAAAUGCAAAUGGCGUUUAAAGGAACUGAAAAGGGAAUGAAAAUUUAUGGUUUUGCACUACAAAAAGAUGUUAAACUUGAAUAUUGGACUGGAAUUGGAACAAGAAUUAUUGUUCCAGAAACUGAAGAUGAUGCAAAAGCAUUUUACAGUCUUGUAAAAGCAAUGGUUGAAAUGAAUUAUGUAGCAAUUGUACGUAAAGUUUACCAAAAUGAUAAUGCUCCAAAAAUGGGUGUGCUUUUUCCAAAAACUGAACCUGAUUCUGUUUGGUGUCUUGUUCAUUUAGAAUUGCCUUUUGGACAUGAUACCAGAGCAGUCGAAUCAAAUUAUAUAAAGAAUGAAGCAAACUCAGAAAAAAUAAAAGCGAUGGAUCAAUUUAUAGAUUCGAUGACAAUCACUGAACAAGAACCGGCAUAUUUAAGAGAAGGUAUAUUUCCAAAUGUUCAUAAACAAUAUCAUUGGAAUACCAUUGCAGCUCGAGCUUUAAAGGCUGAUGAUGCAUUUUCAAUGGACGAAUACAUAAAAAAGGUUUUGGAACCUCCUGCCAGAUUAAAGAAUCAAUUCUUAGAAAUUGUUGAUAACAUGGAAUCAGUUUUUCCAAAUUGUGGUAAAAUUAAGAAAAAAAGUGACAAUCCUGAUCAGAGAAAAGAUAAAGAAAUGGAGGUUCAACAACAACAGCAACAACAACAACAAAAAGUUGAUGUAAUGAAAGAAGAAGUUAUGUUCUCUGCCGCUGAUAUAGAACUAAAAGCUGAAGAUUUUGAUGAAUUUUAAUCUUGCUGGGCGAGAAACAACUUAAUCAGUAUAUUUUUUAUUUAUUUAUUUCUUUCAAAUUGUAAAAUGACAUGAAAUUUUAAAUCAACUGCAGCAAGCAACUAAUUGAUUAUUUAAGUUUUCUAUUGAAAUGUAUUGAUAAUCACUGUGAUAAUAAAUUUGCUAUGAAAUUUA